CCGAAAAGGAAAAUAUCGUCCCACGUGGGGACUCGUUUAAUUACAAGUUACGUUAUUUAGAUAUGCAUCUGUUCGGUUAAUUUUUAUUUCAGAACAAUGGUACAAGCAAUUGAUGAAAUGGAACAAAGAGAUCUUCCACAGGCAUUUCGCUUGCUUGGGGAAAUGAAUGCUAAUGUCCUACAAGUUAAUCAACUUGUAGACAAUAUGUUAGUCCGUGUCAAAAAUGGAGAAAUUUCUACAGAUAAAGGUCUUAGUUUUUUAGAAAUGAAAUAUCAUAUGUUACUCUCUUAUUUGAUUAAUUUAACUUAUGUGGUUUUGAGAAAAUGUUCUGGAGAACGUAUAGAAGGAGAUCCAUCAAUUGAUCGUUUAAUUGAAAUAAGAACUGUCCUAGAAAAAAUCCGACCAAUAGAUCACAAAUUAAAAUAUCAAAUAGAUAAACUUGUUAAGACUGCUGUAACUGGUACUAUUAACAAUGAUGAUCCAACUAAUUUUAAAGCAAACCCAGAUGCAUUUGAUAGUAAUGAUGAAGAAUCUGAUAGUGAUCAAGAUAAAGUAGAUGGUUUCAAAUCAAUACAGGCAAGAAAAUCUAAUAUUUAUGUACCACCAAAACUUGCUGCAGUACAUUAUGAUGGAGAUGAAACAGUUACUGAAAAAAUUCGUAAAGCAGGAGAAAGAGCUCGUAGACGUGCAAUAUCAGGUGCUGUUUUAAGAGAAUUAAAAGAAGAAUAUUUAGAUGCUCCUAUUGAAGAUAAACAUGGUUUAGCAGAAAAGCAAGCUAGUCUAGGUCGAGAAAAUAAGCGGAAGAUAGAAUAUGAAGAAAAUUAUAUGACGCGUUUACCUGUUACUAAACAAGAAAAGCAUAGACGUCAUCAAAUAACAACUCUUGGUACACUUGGAGAAGAAAUUACAACUUUUGGAGAAUCAUCUUCAGUAUCUGCUAAAAAGAGAAAAGCUCAGAAAAAAGGCAAAGCUAAAAAAAGUUUCAAGAAAAAACGGCAUCAUUAAAUCGAGUUUAUAAAAAUUUAAAAAGCUGAAUUUCGUACAGCAUUAAUAAUUAAGGUAAAAUGCAAAUUUACUUCAAUUCUUCUUGACAAAUGCAGAUGCCAUAAUACUCGUUAAUAAGUUAAGAUAAUAACUCAUAAACAACUAGUUAUAAAAAAAAAACAAUCGUCGACGGUGAAAUAAAAUAGCACGAUGGUAAUUUAUUACUACAUAAGACAUACUAAUGGUGUAAUAAUUGAUAAUUAUAGUUAAUAAUGAUUUUAAUCUUUAAUUGUUGUCUAAAAUCAAUUUUUAUCUAUGGGGUUGAAAUAUUCCAUAAGUCACAAAAAAUUUUCUGACGAUAUUAAGUAUAUGAAAAAAUGUCAAAGUACAUACGAGCUUAACUUAUAAAAAAAAUGUGUAUAAUUGUGACAAUUAAUCAAAUAAUGGAUUUCGGCUCCAGGAUUUAAAAUUGCAAGUUAAACGUACAAGUUGAAAGCAGAAAAAUUUUCUGCUUUAUUUUAAGAUAUUCUGCUAUAGAUGAGAAAACCAAUAACAUAGCAGGAAGGAUGAUAUUGAAUUAAUUGUUACAAAAGCGUAAAAAUCACAAGACAUUCAAUGCAAGAAUUAGAAAAUUCAAGUUUAACAGAAAAUGAUUUUAGAAAUUGCAAGUAUUCUGCAACUUCUAAAAAUAUUGUUCAUCGUGCGAUAUCGCGUGUCUUAGGAUUUUCUCGCUAUUUUAGAGUAGAAUGUAGUAGUUAAUAGUUUUACUAUUAUAUGUAUGUUUCGUUUGUGUUUUUCCCCUGGUAAACUGUUGAGGCUAUUAUAUCUUGAAUAUAUAAGUCAUCAUUUAUGUUAAGUUUAAUUUUUUAUAAUGUGUUUAUGCAUUGUAUUUGUUAUUUUAAUUAGAUUGAUUUGAUUAAGUUGUUAAACUUAUAUUAAAAGUAAUAUAAGGAUAACACGAAUGUGUCAAAAUUCAAAAUUGAUAUUGUCAAUUUCUCGAUUUCUAUUUAGGUUUACUGUAUUUAGUUUUUUAGAGAGAGGGUAUGUGUGAUAUUAAAAGAAAAACUAAUAUACGAAGACUAGAGCGAAAAUCACUUCUGCAAUAGAAUAGAAUUUAUACAAUCAAAUUAUAAGAAAUAUCCAUAUCUUGUGCUUAAAUAGAUUUCAUUUUUUAAGUAUUAGAUGUAACUUUGGGUAUUUUUUUAAACCCAAAACUAAUGUUUCCUUUUAAAGUAAAGGAAUCGAGUAAUGAUAUCAAAUGCAUUUAAUAUAAAUUAUUACAUGGAUAUUUGUAUCCAGUAAUUGUUCCUGCAGAAGUGAUACGCAUUACCUUCAAAAAUACUAAUUCGUUAUAUGCUAACCAAGGGCUCAACCAUCCAUAGAUGUUAUAUUUUUUACAAAAGUGUUCAUAGAUUGAGCCAACUUGGUAAUGCAUGAUGUUACAUAUGCCCUCUCUUUUUCAAUCUGUGAAGACGAUUAAAAUGUGAUAAAUUAUUCAUGGAAUAAUAGUUAAAGAAACUAACAGAAUAGCACAAUUGCUGGGCAUUAUUUACAAGUGCUAGCAAGCCUAAUGUCAGCAGCCUUGUCGUAUUUGGUAAUGAAGUUGGAAUACUGAAUAGCGGGAAGAUUUUGAUUAAUAAUGAAGGUAUACUUAAAAAAUCUCAUGCUCGUUUAAUGUACGGCAUGCACGAAAUAAUUAAUGCAAAAUUACAAUUGGUUUCAAAAUUUGCCCGACAUUUAGUUUUCUCAUACUUUAAACAUAGAUGAUAAUUUUUGAAGCACACUUACAACUGAAAUAACUGUAAGUCCAAAAUACUAAGUCGUGUGUGAGUGUGUGUGUAUAUUUAUAUAUACAUAUAUAAAUAAUAUAUAUUCAUCAUUUUUACUUUCUAAACUGUUUAUAAAUACUCAUUGAAAAAUAUCAUGCUGUUUGCAAUAGAUAAAAGAGAUUUG